AUGGGUUUGAAUGGUUUGUUAGGCCACUCAGUUGUUGCAGCUUUAGCCAACAGCCUUCUUCUAGUUGGCGAAAACAUGGUUACAAAGAAAGUAAAUUCUUUUUUCAGAUGCUCACUACACGUACUUAUCGCAUCAGUUCUUUUCCUCUGCGAACUUCCAAAGUUCAAAGACACAUAUUUCGCAUAUUUGGGCCUUCCAAUCACGGCCACACAUAGCGAAGUACUGAAAUCGUACGAUACGAUACAAGAACAACUUAAGAACGGAGCACCGAAAGUGGUUGCAAUGAUUAAGAGAGCGUACGAAGUGCUGUCGAACCAGGAAACGAGGAUUCUGUACUCACUCUACGGAGACGUAGCAAUAGCUGCGAAAACGCCACAGGACUUUACCAUUAUCCUAAUCACAGUGUCAUUCUCAUACUACGCACUGUCAACGAUAGUUUGUUGCGUAUUCAACAGGUCAAACAGACUGAGAUUCGCAAGAUACGUGUGUGUCCUUUAUAACGCAAUUGCAUUCUUUUUGGAAGUGGAGAUGAGGUUUUUCUACGCAAGUAUCAUGACACACGUGUUUUAUCUGAAAACACUGCUCCCGUAUCAACAUAUUGAGUUUUUGAGAGCAAUACCGCCAUUUGUAAUGAUGGCAGCAUCGCUGUUCACACACUUCUUCACAGUAGACUACGAUAAACUUAACUUGUUUUUAUGGCAGUCUACAGUAGCAACAAACACAGCAAUAAUUGAAAAGAUGUCAAAGGUUGUAAACGCAACAGAAUAUCUUAAAAAUGUUGGAACGGAUGACAUUAACGUGUCAAAGGACUUGUCCGAUUCGGCAGAAAAGGACGGUACACUAGGAGAUAUGUUAAAUUCACUUGAUGAAGAUAAAAAGAAAAGGCUGAUGGACCUACUGAGUUCAGAAAGCGGAAAGAAGAAAAAUAGAGUACUAGAUAUGUUAAAAGUAGGUGUGAUCUACUUCGUGAUGUUUAUUUCGAUGAAAGUAUUUUUUAAAUAA